AGUUUAUGUUGAUCAAAAUUUUUGUAUUCAGUAUGUCAUAAUUACAAUUUAUAUGACAAGAGUUGAAACUUAUUAUUAUAAAAGAAUUUAAUUUGUUACUCAUUCAAUUUGUUUUUAUACGUUUUGUUACAAUGUUUAUAUGACCGUUUAUAUAUUUAAUCUUUUCAACAUGACUAGAAAAUUUCAAGUAUGGAAUUAUUCAGAACCAUAUUACCAAAUGUAUCCUGACACUUGGAUGACGAUGGAUUCAAAGUAUGUGGAGAGUAUAUGGAGUUUACUAAAAAAUGCAAUACAAGAAAUACAAAAGAAGAACAAUUCUGGACUGUCCUUUGAAGAACUAUACAGAAAUGCAUACACUAUGGUUCUCCACAAAUAUGGGGAAAGAUUGUACACAGGUUUGAAAGAAGUUGUCACACAUCAUCUGGAAACCAAGGUGCGUGAAGAUGUACUUCACUCUUUGCACAAUGGGUUCCUGCAAACACUGAAUAAUGCAUGGACAGACCAUCAAACCAGCAUGGUGAUGAUACGUGACAUACUCAUGUAUAUGGACAGAGUGUAUGUGCAACAGAAUGAUGUAGACAACGUUUACAACUUAGGACUCAUAAUAUUUAGAGAUCAGGUGGUUCGCUACGGCUGCAUCCGCGACCACCUGCGGCAGACGCUGCUGGAGCUGGUGGCACGCGAGCGACGCGGCGAGGUGGUGGACCGGCUCGCCAUCCGCAACGCGUGCCAGAUGCUCAUGGUGCUGGGCAUCAACUCGCGCGCCGUCUAUGAGGAGGACUUCGAGAAGCCCUUCCUGCUGCAGUCGGCCGAGUUCUAUAGGAUGGAAUCUCAGAAGUUCUUGGCGGAGAACAGCGCGGCGGUGUACAUCGCGCGCGUGGAGGCGCGCAUCAGCGAGGAGGCGGAGCGCGCGCGCCACUACCUCGACGAGAGCACCGAGCCGCGCAUCGUGGCCGUGCUCGAGCACGAGCUCAUCGAGCGCCACAUGAAAACCAUCGUUGAGAUGGAGAACUCGGGCGUGGUGCACAUGCUGAUGCACACGCGCACGGUGGAGCUGGCGUGCGUGUACAAGCUGCUGUCGCGCGUGGCCGAGGGGCUGCGCACCGUGGCCGACGCGGUGUCGGCCAACCUGCGCGAACAGGGCCGCGCGCUCGUCACCGACACGCACCACAACACCAAUGCCAUAGCCUACGUACAGAACCUCCUUGAUCUGAAAGAUAGAUUCGACCAUUUCCUCCACAACUCGUUCAACAAUGACAAAAUAUUCAAGCACAUGAUUGCUUCCGAUUUCGAAUACUUCCUCAAUCUUAACAACAAGUCUCCAGAAUUUCUCUCAUUAUUCAUCGACGGAAAACUCAAGAAGGGUGAAAAGGGGAUGAGCGAACAAGAAAUUGAAGCAGUCCUAGACAAGACCAUGGUCCUGUUCCGUUUCCUCCAAGAGAAAGAUGUGUUCGAGCGCUACUACAAGCAGCACCUCGCCAAGCGCCUGUUGCUCAACAAAUCCGUCUCCGAUGAUAGCGAGAAAAACAUGAUCUCCAAACUGAAGACUGAAUGCGGAUGCCAAUUCACAUCGAAGCUGGAGGGCAUGUUCAAAGACAUGACAGUGUCCAACACCAUCAUGGAGGAGUUCAAGGAACAUGUGCUGUCUUCAGGGAGCAACCUGCACGGCGUAGACCUGUCGGUGCGUGUGCUCACCACCGGCUUCUGGCCCACGCAGAGCGCCACGCCCAAGUGCAAUAUCCCCACUACGCCAAGAACUGCCUUCGAAGUCUUUAGAUCGUUCUACCUAGCGAAGCACUCGGGGCGGCAGUUGUCGCUGCAGCCGCAGCUAGGAAGCGCGGACCUGCACGCCACGUUCCGCGCGCACGCCGCGCCCGCGUCGCCGCCGCGCUCGCCGCCCGCCUCCGCGCCCGCGCCCGCGCCGCGCCGCCACAUCAUCCAGGUGUCCACCUUCCAGAUGUGCGUGCUGCUGCUCUUCAACAAGCGGGAGCGGUUCACCUACGAGGAAAUCCUGAACGAGACUGACAUCCCUGAGAAGGACCUGGUGCGCGCGCUGCAGUCGCUGGCCAUGGGCAAGCCCACGCAGCGAGUGCUCAUCAAGCACCCCAAGACCAAGGAGAUCGAGCCCUCUCACCAGUUCUACGUCAACGACGCCUUUACUUCUAAGUUACAUAGAGUUAAGAUCCAAACAGUAGCGGCCAAGGGCGAGUCGGAGCCGGAGCGACGCGAGACGCGCAACAAGGUAGACGAGGAUCGCAAGCACGAGAUCGAGGCGGCCAUCGUGCGAAUCAUGAAGGCCCGGAAGAAGAUGGCGCACACCCUGCUGGUGGCGGAGGUGACGGAGCAGCUGCGCGCGCGCUUCCUGCCGUCGCCCGUCAUCAUCAAGAAGCGCAUCGAGGGGCUCAUCGAACGCGAGUACCUGGCGCGCACACCUGACGACCGCAAGGUCUACACCUACGUCGCAUAGGUACAUAGACAGCCCUUCUGGCCCUCCAUACACUAGCAGUUUACGACUUCGGUUCUCCACUUGGAGUGUAGAUAGUUUGUAUGGCAAGCGAUUCAAUUCGCUGAUCGACGCAGUACUUUAGUGGCGAGCAUUGAAGUAAAUUACCUAGUACCUAUACGAAAGCUAUUUCAAAAAAAUCGUUAUCUAUGAAGCUACUAAAAUUAGUAUGACAUUGGACAUCAAGUUGUAAGCAAAAACAAGUUACAGCCAGCAAAAAGUUUCGAAAGUCCAGUCUUGAGAGAGAGGUCGUUGGUGGCGAAUUAUUGCGAUUCGAUUCGGCUCGGAAAGCUUAAUGAACGCCAGCUUUAAACCGAAGCAUCUAAAAGCGCGAGUACUUAACACACACCAGAACAACCGCGCAGUCUACACUCAGGUUGCAAAGAUGUGUACUGUGAACCGCCUCGCCCAACACACUACCCCUACAUACACCCCUGUUUAGAUUUUUGCGGUCUAUUGGGCUGAGAUCCAUAGCGCCAACUUUGACUUUGCUCAUACAGGUAAAACGAGACAAAGUUAUGGCUAAGUUUAUAUCAAUAAAUCUAUCACAUUUAACUGUUAGAAAAAUCAGAGCGAAGUCAAAGUACGCUCCAUAGAUCUCAGCUUUAAGCUAGGGUUAUAGACUUCAGUUCUCCGUUUACAGUUUAAACAGUAGUCUUA